GGUCUGUGGGGGUGUCCCCCCAGGGUCUGUCCCUGCUGACCCAUCUGCUGUCGGCGCUGGCCGGGGGGCGGCUGCUCGGGGUGCUGCAGGGGUCCCCCUGUGACCCCCUCUCUCCACAGGGGGCCGGAUUUGGGGCGUCCCUGGGGGUGGGCGCCGUCCUGAGAACUCUGCUGGGGACCCCGGGCCCCGGACUCAUCGCCCCCACCCCCAGUGGCCUGGCCAGCAUCGCCCGCACCCUGAGCGUCCAGCAGCGCUUCUGGAGCUGCCUGCGCAGCCUCGAGCUCGAGGAGGAAGAAGAGGAUGAGGAACAGGACGAGGAAGAGGAAGAAGAACCAGAGCCAGAAGUGGGGGAGGAAGAGGAACAGGAGGAGGAGGAGGAGGAGGAGGAAGAGCCUGAGGGGGAUGGAGCCCCCCCGGAGCCCCCCCUGGGGAUCCCUCCGAGACUCCUGGGCCCCCGAGUGGGGCUGGUUUAUGACCCCCGGAUGGAGGAGCACAGGAACACCUGGGACAGCCAGCACCCCGAGUCCCCGCAGCGCCUGCCCCGGGUGCUGCAGCGCCUGCAGGAGUUGGGGCUCGCCCAGCGCUGUCUGAGGGUGCCCCCCAGACCCGCCCCCCCCCGGGCCCUGCGCGCCGUCCACACCCGUGCCCACGUGCAGACGCUGUCCCAGACCCCGUCCCUGCGGCCCCGGGAGCUGCGGGCGCUGUCCCAGCGCUACAACAGCCUCUACCUGUGCCCACAGUCCCACCCCUGUGCCCGCCUGGCCGCGGGGGGCCUGGGCGGGGCCUGCAAGGCCAUCAGUGCUGUCAUCAGGGGACAGGUUCGCUCUGCCCUGGCCAUGCUGCGCCCCCCAGGCCACCACGCCCGCCGGGGGUCCGCGGGGGGUUUCUGCCUCUUCAACAACGUGGGGUGGCCGCCGACACACUCUCAACACUCUCACCCCACCCCCCAGGGUGCUGAUCGUGACUGGGACGCUCACCACGGGAACGGCACCCAGGAGAUCUUCGAGGACGACCCCAGUGUCCUGUACGUGUCCCUGCACCGCCACGACGGCUCCUUCUUCCCGGGGGGCUCGGGGGGGUCCCCGCGGCGCCGGGGGAGGGGUCCCGGCACCGGCUUCACCCUCAACGUGGGCUGGGGGGGGCCCAGGGUGGGGGACCCCGAGUACCUGCUGGCCAUGACCCGCCUCGUGCUGCCCGUGGCCUGCCAGCUUGCUCCGGAGCUGGUUCUGGUCUCGGCCGGGUCCGAUGCGGGCCGGGGACCCCGGGGUAGCUUGUGUCCCCCCAGACCUGGGCUCAUGACCCACCUGCUGGGGCGCUGGCGGGGCGGCUCGUCCUCGGCGGGCACAACCUGGGGUGAUGGCGGAGGGGUGGGGCAGUGCCUGGGGUCCUGCUGGGAGACUCCCCACGCUGCCCCCCCUGGGGACCCCCAACCCACAGCCCUGAGAGCCCUGGGCAGGACCCUGAGAGCCCACCGGGGGUCCUGGAGCUGCCUGAGGCUGCCCAGGGUUGAGCCCCUCCCGGCGCCCCCCAAGGUGGAGGAGGGCGCCGAUGACGUCACGCCCGCUGCCGAUGACGUCACGCCCGCUGCCGAUGACGUCACCGAGGCCACCAUCGGCCGCUUGGGGGCGCUGCAGCUCCAAGACCCUCCUGGGGCGGGGCCGAGGCCGAGGGGCGGGGCUCUACAAGACCCCGCCCCUGUGGGCGGGGCCGAGGCCGGGGCUGGUGCUGCCCCCUGCUGGGGGGAGGACGAGGAGCUGGAGGAGGGGGCGCUGUUCGCGGUGACGCCGCUGCCGGAGUGUCCCCACCUGGGGGCCGUGGCCCUCCCCUCCCCCUGGGUCCUGGGGUCCUGACCUCUCUGCGGCACCUGCGGGAGCCGCCGCGAGAACUGGCUGUGCCUCAGCUGCUACCAGGUGCUGUGCGGGCGCUACGUGGGGGGGCACAUGCUGGAGCACGGGGGUCGGGACACCCUGGUGCUGAGCCUGCAGGACCUGGCAGGC